AUGGCGAAUAUCGCUACCGAAACAUCUCUCUAUGACCUCCUCGCCGAAUCCCUACCCAAAGAAGCCGCAUUUACCUUCUACCACUACUCCACACCGCCGACGAAAUCCCCGCCACUAUUUGCUGCACCUCCGCAUGCGAAACCCGAGCGGACUUACUGCGAAUCGCAUUUCCUCGCCGCUUCGAUAAACCCGAAGGACUACCCGAACACUGCUGCGCCCGAUGAGCUCCUCGUACUAGCCAUUGAAGUCUUGCUCUACACUACCAAACAUCUCACUACCAUAUUUGUCUCAAAAGCAGACUCAACAGGAUAUCUCUCACUGUUGGGCACUGGUCGAACGCACGGUGGAUCACCAUUAAAGGCGAUAUGCGGGACCUUUGUAUCAUGGCUGGCAAAGGAACGUCAAAGAGAAGGCAUAAGGACGGUCGUAUCGCUAUUCGCGAGAGCGCAGGAUCAAUAUCUGUUUCCCGCAAGCAUAGAGAACAAGGGAAAGCAUCUUCUUGAUGAUAAAGAGCUGGUACGAUGGUGGUGCAAGGUGCUCGACCCGCUCGUAAAGCAAUAUAAGGAAGAGGAAGCAAAGCCGCUAAGCAAACGGCUCACGGCGGCUGCAGGCCCAGUAGCGUCUUCCCCAGAAUCCACCGCGACAGGAUAUCUCGUCAUUCCUGGAUUUGAGCCCUCCGACACACUUCGCUAUUACACCCCGGCGCCUGCACCCAAUGCACCGCGUCGUUGGUCAGCCGCACACCCACUUCUCCAGAUUGCACCAUAUCCUGCCGCACCGCCACGCUGUUUGAUACCGCGUUUUCCAGAUGACCCCAAAGCGCGCUUUCUGGAUGAGUUGGACGACGAGCUUCCGGAUCGAGGCACCGAUGCCAUGACUAAAGAAGGAGGCACCCCUUCUCGCAGCAAUGGUCAGUGGAAGAGUGUCAAGACUCUGAAUCAAUUCUGGGAGUUCAUGGCAUUCAGGCAGGAGUGCUCCUCCGGCCGGAUAGUGGGCUUCAUAUGGGUUGUUAUCACUCCACCAAAGCCUUCCAUUGGGGAGGAAGACGAGCAUAAGCCUUCGCAGCUUUCCUCUUCUUCGCAAAAUGAUUCGCAGAACACAGCACUCGCUUCGCCAAAUUCCAGUCCUAAGAAGAGAGCUUCGAAGAAGUCGAGAAGACGGAAGACCAACACCGACUACGGGCCCAUACCACUUAUCCUCCCGAGGAUCAAGUCUUCAUCAUCAGGUUUGUCCACCAUGUCGACUGGCACCGCAGGAGCACCAGCACAGACUGUUCCUGAAACGAGUCCGUACUAUUGGUGGCCGGCGGAAUCGCGAGGCACAGUAGUGUUUUCUUCAAAAAACUACAAUCGAGCGCAUGAAGUGCUCCUGAAGCAAAACUUUUCGACCCGCGCCGCGGCAAUUAGGAGUACCCGGCGAUGGAAAGAGGAGGUUGCAGUUCUAGGGAGCGUCGACGACUGGACCAAGACCGUUAUGGGGCGCAAGGACACUCCAAGUGCGACUGCUGUACCGGCUGACGGUACGACCAUUACGCUGAUCGGCACGAGGAAGAAGAGGAAACCGACAGAUGCGAAUGCUCCUGAAUCAAACUCGCAGGGAGGAGCAAUGCUAGGCGAGGGGUUGGUGCGGAAGAAACCCAAGGUCGAGGCCAAUGUCUCUCAUGGUGUAAACACGCUAGGCGCAGGUUUAGUGCGGAAGAAGCUAAAGAAUUGA